GUGGAAUUCUAAUUCAUGAUUUCGUGACAUCACGUAACGACUACGGACAAUUUGCGAUUCUAAUUCGUUAAAGGCACUCGAUACCUCUCGUUUUGAAAUGUCAAAUUAGUCGAGACCACCGGAGAUCCCGAUUAUGGAAAUCUAACCUCAAUUUUUUGAUGAGCGUCCGGCUUUUGCUUAAAAAAAACAUGUCAUUUAAAAUUAAUGAAAACCAUUUACGAGUAUUUGUGGAGUUUAUGGAAGAAAACCCGGAUUUAGCAAGAGGGAGGUUAUCUUGCUCCAAUGCAAAAGAACAAUUUAAGAGAUUAUGGGCAAAACUGGCCAAUAAUCUAAAUUCUCUUGGUUAUGGGACUAGAACUAUAGAAAAAUGGCAAAGGACGUGGUCUGACUAUAAACAGGGACUUAAGAGAAGAGCUGCAGAUAUAAAAAGGGAGCGAAUGAAGACGGGGGGUGGGCCAGCAUAUCCUGAUAUGCUAUCAGAUACUGAUCAAAGAGUUAUCCUUAUUUUGGGAAAAACAUUUUUUGAAGGAUGUGGAGUGGAGGAGAAGGGUUUUGCUCAUGGAAAAUAUUAUCCAGAGGAAGAACCCGUUAGUGGUCCAUCGAGUGCUCCAUCAAGUAUAGUGGAUGCUCGGUUCAAUGGUAGUUUAUACAAUAGUGAAUACACACAGCCCGGACCCUCAAAUAUUUCUAUGCAGAUUCCUACAGAAAAUAAAGCAUUAGAAGAACAAACCAACAAGCCACGACCACAAAAAAGGAGUAUUUCACAACAGCUUCAUGUAGUCGAUCAUGAUUAUUUAGUCACACCAAGAACUAAAAGGCAAAAGGUUACUCCCACAAAUGAAAUCUAUUAUCAAGAGACAAUAAAUCUAUUAAAAAGUAUCGACAGUCAUUUAGAAACCCUAAAUCAUACCCUAAAUGAAAAAUUAGGCGAUAUAACAGAGGCCAUCAGACAGAGACACUCUUAAAGGAACUUUCAC